CGAUCACAUACAUACUUCAUUUAUAUGUUGAUGAUUUACGCGUCGGAGUGGGACAGCAACAAGGGGCCACAUUUUGUAUGAUGCUAUUGUCGCUUUUUGAAACAAGAAGCUGCCACAGUAUAGGCUGUGGCUGUGUUAACAAGUAAAGAAUGUUCUGCGAUAAUCAUUGGUUUUAGCUUUAUGGAACAAAAUAGUAAUUCUGCUAUUAUGUUUGUGAGAAGAGUGAAAAUAUGCCAGUCUUAAAUUUAAAGCAGGAAAAAGUGAAAUUGAGAUGCUUGUAUACUUGUGAGAAUGACGUUGUCCGUACAAUAACGUGUUUUGUGCUUCUAUGUCACAGAGAGAGAGAGAGAGAGAGAGAGAGAGAGAGAGAGGAUUACACGUGCUAUAAAUAGGAUUGCAAGAAGAGAGUAUGGUGUCAAAUUCACAAUCGAGAGACUCAAUUAUAUAUAUUAGUGUGUAUUUAAGGUGCUCUCAAGGGUAAAAGCUAGCAUUUUUGUCUUCGGGCCUCCUGUUUGAUUGGAAAAAUGAACUUGGAGAUUGAUGAAGUUUCCAAGAUGGUGCUUACUAGUGCUGCUGUUGACAUUCCCAUAGUCACUCAAGAUAAUCUUAUAUGCGAAGAGCUGAUCAUUGACGUUCCACUAGUCAUGGAGCCAGUCCAGUGGCGUGAGUGUUGCAUCUACAAGGUCCCCAAGAAACUUCGCCAGGUAAAAAAAGAGGCCUAUACUCCAAAGCUAAUCUCAAUAGGCCCUUUUCACCAUGGUGAAAAAGAUUUGAGGGGUGAAAAAGAAUUAAGGGACGAGGAAAAUGAAAACGUACCGAGGGAUAUGGAAAUGCUGAAAGUGAGAUACUUCAUGGAUUUCUGUUAUAGGACUAGAAAAUGCCAAAAGGAAAUAGCUAGGAUCAUUGAAGAAAAUGAAGUAAAGAUUCGCCAUUGUUAUGCAGAGAUCUCUAAACUAAACAGCGAAGACUUCGUGAAAAUGGUUCUAGUGGAUUCAACCUUUAUCAUUGAGCUCUUCUUGAGGAGUCAAGAAAAUGAGAAGAGGAAUGAGAAGAGGAGUCAAGAAAAUGAGAAGAGGAUUCAAGAAAAUGAGCCCCUCUUGAAGAAUGAUGCGAAGAAAGAAGAAAAUGAGAAGAGGAGUCAAGAAAAUGAGAAGAGGAUUCAAGAAAAUGAGCCCCUCUUGAAGAAUGAUGCGAAGAAAGAAGAUGAAAAGGAUGAAGAGGAUUAUAUAUUAAGUAAACCAUGGCUAGCGGAGGGCAUCAAGCAAGAUUUGAUGUUACUUGAGAACCAACUUCCAUUUUUUAUUCUUAAGGAGUUAUAUGAUCAAAUUUCCUAUUCUGAGAAAAACAAUGAAAUUUCCUUUCUUGAUCUUGCUUGUGGGUAUUUUUCUUCUUCUAAGUCAAAAAUACCAGCUGGGAAGGAAGUAAACCAUUUUACUGAUUUGGUCAGAUAUUCCUACUGUCCAUCUACUCAAUACAAGAAGGGAAGCACUAUUACUCAUCUAUAUAGUGCAACAAAGCUGUACGGGGCAGGAGUAAUGUUCAGAAAUGAUGAAGUUGACAUUCAAUUUAAGAAGUUGCAGCUCUUGGAAAUAUUUCCUUGCUUCAAUAUCUCAUGGUUCUUAAAUUGCUUACCGUGCUUAAAAUGCUUUCCAUGCUUGGAACGUAUGCAAACUUUGUUGAAGGUCCCAACGUUGAUUGUAGAUGAUGCAACUGAGAUCUGUUUCCGAAACCUCAUGGCACUGGAGCAAUGCCAUUAUCCAUCUGAAUCUUAUAUAUGCAACUAUAUUGUGCUAUUGGAUUAUCUCAUCAACACUAGAGAUGAUGUGGAGUUGUUCGUUGAAAAUAAGAUUAUAAUUAAUGGGUUAGGCAGCAAUGAAGCAGUUGCUACUAUGGUAAACAACCUAGGCCUUGAAAUUGUGGAAAAUCGUUCCCAUUACGGAGAAAUGGCUAAAAAGCUUAAUGUGCACUAUGAGAAUUGUUACAACCAUAAUAUGGGAACUUUGACAAGUACCUAUUUCCCCAAUCUUUGGAGAGGCACUCUAACUGUUGUUGGUCUUGUAGUCUUUGGAUUUUCUAUCUGGAGUACGAUUAAACCUUUUGUAACUCAUCAAAUAGAUUAAGUCCACUGCGUCUGAUCAGCUUGUGAUUCCCUCUUGUUCCUAAUAGGGUCGUCUAUUUUAUAUUUGGGCAUUGGUUGAUUGUUUCAGCUUUCAUGAAGAGUUUGUUCUGUCUUCUGUUAUUUCGCUUUACCACUGAAUGCUAAUAAUAAUAUCACUGUUUCUUGUG